CUGAACCGAGAGUGACUAUUGGUGUAUCAUGUGGUUUUGUCCUGAACUUGACAUGUAUAUGAUUUGUUCCAAACACGCAGAGACAUACGCCACUUUCCUUUAAAUACACCAUUGUUCUACCUCUUCCAAGGUUUAUAACUUGCGGCGUUCGUUGGCGAUAUUAACGUAACAUCAAAAUUUAUUUACAGAGCUGAAGGAGCUUUAGUUUCGACAUUUACUUUCUCUUUCGUUUCUAUCGCUUAUCACCAGAUACAGUAUUGAAAGUGUUCGAUUCGUUACUGAAGUGUGACCACAUUUUACUCGUUCUUCAUCCCUUGUGAAUAAAUCUUAUAUCCAACGACAUUCAAGCCAGCCAUGAAGAUGUUUAUGUUUCUCCUUGCCAUGGUGUUUGCAGCCAACUUAAUCACUGGUGUGUUAAGCUUUGAUCUAUAUGCGACUCUAGAUAAGGCCUCGAGAGACCCUCUGCCGGAAGAAAACAUGAAUGUGAGUCAAAUGAUAACAUACAACGGGUACCCUGUGGAAAACCAUGAGGUCACCACCGAAGAUGGAUACAUUCUGUCCAUUCAACACAUCCCGCAUGGACGCCAAGACAGGUACAAAGAUGUCCCUUCCAAGAAAGUGGUGUUCUUACAACAUGGCUUACUGGCCUCUGCUACUAAUUGGGUGACAAAUCUACCCAAUCAGAGCUUUGCUUUCAUUCUUGCUGACCAAGGGUUUGAUGUGUGGCUUGGAAACAUGAGAGGAAAUACGUACUGCCGACGCCAUGUUAAAUAUCCGGUGGACUCCGAUGAAUUCUGGGAUUUCAGUUUUGAUGAGAUGGCCAAGUACGAUCUGCCAGCUAUGAUCAACUAUGUCACUAACAUAACAGGACAACCAACCCUAUACUAUGUAGGUCAUUCACAAGGAACCAUGAUCGGGUUCAUUGGAUUUGGACGAAAUCCUGAGCUGAUCAAGAAAGUUGAGACCUUCUACGCUCUGGCACCUGUGUCUACAGUGACCUACAUGGGAGGGGCCCUGAAGUAUCUGAGCUAUUUAGCACCAGAGUUGGAGUUUCUGUUCAAAAUCUUUGGUGUCCGUGAGUUUCUCCCUUCUGAUUUCUUAAUCAAGUGGUUCGCAAAAAGAGUCUGUCAGUCGUCUACUGUGCUGGAAAUGGCUUGCUCUGAUUUUCUGUUCUUGAUUGGUGGUUACGACAAGAAGCAGCUCAACGAGGUCAGUUGGACGGACUCGUUUUGUUUCGUGAUCGGUACCCCUCCUGAGUACAACGUGUCAUCACUCGCCGUCCCUACAUUUAUCUACUGGGCAGAAAACGAUGUCCUGGCCGAUCCGAAAGACGUCAAAUCUUUGAUGGCAAAGCUACCACAUAAAAUAUACCUUGGCAACAAAUAUAUAAAAGAAUGGGAGCAUUUGGACUUCGUAUGGGGAAUGGAUGCGGCCACUGAAGUCUAUCAGGAUAUUAUUAAACGCAUCAAAGAAAAAAAUUAAUUACUAGAAUGAUCAACAGCGAAUCAAUGCGUGAGCUUGGAUUAUUAGCUUCUUUUAAUGAUCAUUAUUAGCUAAAUAAUUAAUGAACUAUCACGACGAUAUGGUGGCCAUCUUGCCAGGGGGUUAAACAAAACAAAGAUGACGGGAAAUAUAUAAAGUGUCGUGUGUUUGUCUAUCUUUUAUGGGAGAAGGUGAUCUAUGUGCCGUCUUAAUUCAUCUUUAAUUUUGUUGUAUUUUCUUGUGAAGAAUUGUUUAUAGCAAAUUUUUUAUUUGCCCCCUGGACGCCCCAUGAUACCUUGCGAUCCAAGAUGGCCGCCGUAUCUUCGAAAAAGCCCAUUAUGUUUGCUUUGUAGCCGGGAGAUCCGAUUCAGGACGGGUUUUACAACUCGGUUUGUAUACAGAUUUUCAAGAAUAAACCGCAACCUAUUCACGCCUUGUCAUCUGUCAAUCAUUUAGGUGAUAGACAGAUAAUUAUAUUUUUCAUUUUCGUAUUUUAAUCCAACCAGGGAGAUAAAGUCUUUAAAAAUAAGCUUAAAAAACAUCUGUUGCUUUAGAAUUUUGAUUCUAUUUAGGUUUUGUUUUGUAACGUAACUUUAUUUCCUACUUUAAUUUAGUUCAAUCUUCACUUUAUUAACUUUUUAUGUGUAUUGAAUCUAUUUUAGUUUGCUACUUUUCCCCCUUGUAAGUUCUUAUUUGAAAGUAUUAUAUAGUUCCAAGGUGCAGAAAUAUUCUCUUAACCCUUUAGGGUUGUUUUUUUCUUCUCCKCCCAGUUAAAUGUUUUAACAGUGAUAUGUAAAGUAUAAAAUGUUCAUUCUGGGAAAUAAUAAAAACCUUGAAACCUUGAAAACAAGGCGCGCAAGGCAUUGUUUGUCACAGCGAAAGUGUACCAAGUGUUUUCUAUUAUCUCUUGAUAAAAUGAAAUCUUUUCCACCAACGACGACAAAAUAUUCUAUUUCUAAAAGUCAUUUGGUAAAUCUUUUCACGGAGACGUUUUAUUUUCUAUGUUUUCAAGUUAAAGACGAUUUUUCUGAGCCACUCCUAACUUGGAAUUAGUGAAUCUUGCAAUACGAACAAAACAUGAUUGGCUAAUUCGUUCUCUGAUAGAACCGAUCACCUGGAAGUCUGUUUUAUGAUCCAGGAUUUUUAAAUCUUAAUAAAAGCUAUUUCCUCAGA